AGUUGUUCAACCAAAAGUAUUAAUCAAAUCGGAGAUGACGACGAUUUGAGUCUUCUUAAAUCUUUAUCAGAGAAGCAAAGCGUAGAAUCUCGGUCUGCAGUUAUUACCCGAGGGAAAGAAAAAGGACUCCAUUGUUCUUUUGAGUAAAAUAAAAUCAUUAGGUUUUGAUCGGAGAACGAAUUGAUUGAUUCUCUGCGUCGCGAUGGCAGUUGCGUCUGAAGAAACCACCAGCAUAUGCAGUCACUGUGACAGAGCUAUAUCAUCCUCAAACAUUGAUUUGCAUUUUGCUCACUGUUCCCGAAAUCUGGAAAGAUGUAAAAUCUGUGGUGAUAUGGUUCCAAAGAAACAUGCUGAGGAACAUUUCUUGAACACCCAUGCUCCGGUAUCCUGUUCAUUGUGCAAUGAAAUGAUGGAACGAGAUAUUUUACCCAUCCAUAAAGGUGAGAAUUGCCCUAAAAGGAUCGUCACUUGUGAGUUUUGCGAGUUUCCACUUCCAGCAAUUGAUCUAGCUGAACAUCAGGAAGUGUGUGGAAACAGGACAGAACUUUGUAAUUUAUGUAAUAGAUAUAUCAGACUACGGGAACGAUAUAAUCAUGAAACUAGAUGCACUGGGGUCUCAGAUCAUAAUGCGGGAUCAUCAAGGGACGUAAGAGCUGCUGAAAGAGAGCAAGGUGGUCCGAGAAGAGAGGCACGUGAAUUUUCACGCAGACGUUUGCUCUUCACCAUGGCAAUAACUGGCAUUGCUGUUCUACUCGGAUCACUUUUCUUCCAGAGGAAAGCUGAGGAUACUUGAGUGCAUUAGCGACAGCGAGGUGUAGUGUCUGAUUGUGAACUGGUAUUACUGUAUUUGAAACCAUUCCGGUAUGUUAUUAUACAUUUAUCCAGAUGUUUCCUUUAGCUUGGGAACCAGAAUUUGUUGGAUUCGGGAUAUUUGGAUUAUUGAUUACGAAUAACAGUGGGCUAAAUGUAUCUAUCUUUUGUUGUCAAUUGAUAUCAUUGUUGACUCGA